AUGAACAGAUUCCUCGUCUCGAUGCUCGCCCUUUUGGCCGUCUUCUGCGCCGUCUCCACGGCCACCCCACUGCUCUAUCGGGCGCCGCAGGUGAGUACGGUCCCCGAAAAUUCAAGGUCUUAGAGAGAUUAGACCCCCUUUCUCAAAAAAAGGGACAAAAAUGGGAUCCAAGCCCUGUUAGUCACAUUUUCAUAAAAGUGUUUUUAAAGCCGGGAACUCACAUUUUCGUUGUUUUUGUCCAAUCAUGCCCCAUAGUACACGGCUCUUGACAUUCAUACACACACACACACACACAAAAAACCGAACAAUAUCAACGUAAUAUCAUUUGUGUUGAGGGACAAAAUCGAAUUUGUGACUAGAUACAUCAUCAUCAUCCAUCCAGCGGGAGGUCAUUCGAAAAACCCGAAAAACUUUUUGCGCUGUUCAGAUGUACGAUGACGUGCAAUUUGUGAAGCGCAGCAACGCGGAGCUCAUCAACGGACUGAUCGGAAUGGAUCUGGGAAAGCUGUCGGCGGUCGGAAAGCGGUAAGGACGAGCUCUCAAAACCGACAAUAUCCCAAAAUGUUUGCAGCUCGAACGCCGAACUCAUCAACGGACUGCUCGGCAUGAACCUGAACAAACUGUCGAGCGCCGGACGCCGAUGA